AUGGCGGCGGAAAAUGAGGUGAACCAGGAUACGGACGCAGGAGUCAACUCGAGGCAGGUUAGUAGUGAACAGGAAUUUGGAGUGGAGAGUAUAAGUGAGGUGUUGGAUAAAGUGGUGGAGGAGAUAAGACAGGGACCAGUAAGGAUCGAGAAAGACUUGACGGAGGCCCGAGUUGCGGGGAAGUACCGGACUCAGUUGAUGAGAGUGUGGGAGAUACAAGCAGAGCAGGCGUGUAGCAUGUUGAAGGAGACUGAUGUUGCACAUAUCCGAGGAGUGCUUAAGGAGCUGCCCAGAAAUGGACAAAGAAGACGGGUUGAGCCCGGAAAUGAUGAAGAAAAAAUGGAAACCGAUGAAAAUGGGCCCAUCGAGAAGACAGAUACCGCAGACUGGAGCGCCCUGCGGGCAAGUUUGGAGACAGCGUUCGGAACCAUCGGAGGAAGCAAUCGGAACGUCAGGUCAGGACCUUUUGAAUGUUAUGGCACUAAUUCAAGCCAAUGCUUGUGUAAGUCCAGGAGUAUUCAAAGGGAAUUGUCAUGA